AUGGUUCUUGGCUUUCUGCUGUGGGACAUGUCUGUCUCAGCUGGGAUGACCACAUUCUACUUCAUGCAUGACAACAUUGCGAAUCUGGGGCUGGUGAAUGAGCAUGUUGUGCGUCUGGUCGGCAUUUUCCGCUUGCUCAGCGUCAUUUCCGGCCUGGCUGUAGUGCUGAAGCGGCACCACCACUUGGUACGCUUCUUCUUCACCAUGUUCGUUAUCAACUGGAUCGUUCUGGGGGUGAUUUUCUUGAUCCCAAUCGCUCGAUUGCAGUGUUCUUGUGCUGAUGGCACCUGGGAGCAGUGCAACGCCAUGCAAGACUUCUGGGAAACAGGUUUGCACCUCAGCUUUAAGCCUGCACCAGUCAAGUGGCACACGAAGAGGGACGGCCACUUCAACAAGGACAUGCUUGUAGAACCAAUGCCGAAUCUUGACGUCGGGAAGACUGCAGCGUUCAACAGGCAGCUCUAUGCCGAGGACGGGCGAAGCCUUUUAGAACGCGGCGGAGAGCCAGAUGAACCAGAAUCAGAGGUCGCGCGCUGGCUGCCAAAGCGGCUGCAGGGUGCAGCCAACAGACAGUCAGGCCAGUCCGUGUCUUUCUGGAUCACCAGACACCGAAGCCCAACUGCCUUCAUCCAAAGACACGACAGCAGCAUUCAUGCUCUUCAGCAUGACAGUAUCCAGCAGGACUUCAGGAUACAUGACACGGACCCCGACGAGCCCAACUCGACGAACUCGACGAACUCGACCAACUCGACCUCGGAGGGGACCUUGACCGUCUUGACCCCUGCCAAGUGCGAGGAGCAAACUUUCACAGGGAAACAAGGCAGUUCCUUGAUGGAGGAAGCGGUGGCGCAGAGAAGUUCGUCGUCGUUCAUCAACUCCACGCAGCUUGCUAAGAUGCUGCUGCGGAAAAGUUUGACAAACGAGCUUAUGGAGAAGCUCCAUGUGUCGAUGCAGCGAGUGGCGCAAAACCUUCUGGAGCAGCCAGAGUUCAAAGCCAUCAUCUGCGAGUAUGCCAAGCAUCUGGAAUCAACGGAGCCUGGGAUGGCCCAGAAAAGCAAGAAUUCUACACACAAGACCUUGAGGGCCGCGAGGAAGCGCACUGGAGCCUUGAUGAAGGCGGCCCUGGCACCCGACGCAGACGCUGCUGCCACUGGAGGGAUGCCUGGCACCUAUCAUUCUGGCACCUAUCAUUUGAUCCAGUCGGAGCUCGAGAACAUGCCGUCGAGUCAAGGUAUGGCUCUGCUUAAGGGUUUCUACGAGGACAUGUGCCGAUGUGCAGACCUGGACAGCUGCAAGCUUAGUAGCGAGCAGGAUGAGUUCUGGUGCUACGUGGACGAGAGCACGUUGCCAGGGUGCAAAGCUGAGCAGGUCAAGCUUCUGAAAGACUCCGACAACAGGACCUGGAGCCGGGACCUCUGCUCUAAGCGGCCCUGCGAGCCUGCCAACCUCGGGAUGAAGCCACGCCCCAAGAACAACAAGGAGCUGGACUUCCAGAGGCACCCUGAGCUCAGGGACGACAAGAUGCUGAUGAGGUACGGCUCGGACUGCGAUAUCUGGAAGCGUGGAGACCCCAUGGAAUGGGCCUACGUGGGAUUCGACACCACCUGCAUCGAGCGAACGAGAAGGGCGCCUCCGAAGGUUGGAGACUGGCCAAAGGGGCUGCCGUACAUGUUCUUGUCCUGGACGGCGUGUACUUCCAACCUCUUGUUUGAGACGAAGCGUCAUGAUGGCACAGUUGGGUCCCUGUACCAUGCGAAAAUCCGCUGCACGUGGUACCAGAUGGUUCUGGAAAUCUUCCUGAUCCUUGACUUGAUCUUCACCCUGCCCAUGAUGGUCAUCAUGUACCACUUCAUCGCCAACCGCUGUGCCGACAACUUGGAAACGGAGGAGCAGUUCGCUCCUGUAGAUGACUCUUCAGAUUCAUCUGAAGAGUUUCAGCCAGGAGUGUCAGAUGGCCAUGAGCAUCAGCGAAGCCAGGAAGCUUCGCAUCGGCCGUCUCAGUCAGAGGUGCAGGGUGGUCUCGAUGCAGCUUCCAGCGCAUGA